GGUGCUGGGCUAGGAGCAGGGGGAGCCAGGUUCUAGUCCUCCUCAGUGCUAGAAGCUUCCUGGGGGCUUUGGGCAGAGGGUACCUUGCAGGAGGAGGAACCACUGCCAAGACAAGGGCCAGAUCAGAGGGUUCUGUGGCAGAAAUGUGACUGAGGGAGCCCUGCUUCUCCCAGUCUGCAAUGCAGGUUUCGUUGGCCUGCCUGACUUGGGUUUCCCACUCUGGCCCCCUUGAAAGGCUGACCCUGGCUCAGUUCAAGAGCCAGAGCAGGGUGAGGAUUAAGGACGUCAGACCAGGGAGACUCGAGUUCUGUUCCCCCCGGCAUCCUUGGCCAUUUCCUGGGGGCUCUGAGGGAGUCCUUCUGGACCCCAGAACCAGGGUGGUUCUGUGGCAAAGGUGCUGGACUAGAAGUGGGGAGAGCCAGGUUUCAGGCAGCCUGUCAGGCACAGAGGUUCCCUGGACAACGUGCGGCAGGCCUCCCUCUCCGCCCCUGGUGGAACUGGGUGGUUCCAAUCCAGCGAGGCUCUGGCCCUUCCUUUGGCAGGAGAGCUGCUACCUCCCCUCUCAGCCCCAGCCCCUUCCCCUAGGGCUGCCACGGUCUCCAGUAGGGGCAGGGCGUGUGCUACGUGUGCUCUUCUGUAGUCAAAGAGGACAGACGUGAAAUAAAUGAAGAAUCUGCGAUGGAAAGGGGGCCUUUCCUAGACUAGAGCCUUUGGCAGAGCAGCAGAUCCUGCAUUUCCUUUGAAAAAGCCUCUGUCCUUUGAGUUUGCUUUUAAUCCCAUCUCCAUGGAGACCUUGUCAGAGGGCUGUGAGCCAAAGUCUCCUUUGCAUUCAGAGUCAGUGGUCAGAAGAUCAGCCCGUGAGAUCACGUCCAUCCUCAAACAGAUGUGAAAAAGAAGCACUUGGCGUCAAGCAGUAUUGACGCCUCAUAGGAGCUCAGAGGAAUCGUGUUUCUAAAAGAACAGCUUCAGGCAUGUGUCGCAAUAAUAGAAAUUAAAUGCUUUCUAAAUCUUUUGACAUCUUGAAAAAGGGCAGAAGGUUGCAUUGUAGCUGAAAAAUAGAAGUGCCAGACGCCUCCCCGUGAAUUGUUCCUGCAUUUGUUUUUGAAGUCGCCAAAGGACCCCGUCUCCAAGGGCUGGCAGUGCUGCACGGUGCUUAGUAACCGUCAGAGCCUCCUGGUGACCUGCUUUCCUUCUUAGCAACUGCCUCUGCUCCUGGAGACAGCAGGUCUUUGGUCCCCAAGCCCUGCUCGGCUGCGGGGUGGGUGGACAGGGGCAGGUCCCACACAGCAACACACACACACACACACACACACACACACACACACACACACACCCUGGUUAAGGAGAAAAAGGGGCAGGCAGUUAAACCAGCAGCAUCUAAAACAGUGGCAAAAUUCUGGCUCUGAAGCUGUUGUGGAUUAUUGUAGCAUCAUCAGUCAGGGAAGCCUUUUUGAAGGAUGGAGCGAAUCCUGAGGGUGGAUGGAAGGGUGAGAUGGUGCUUUGCCCUUGGAGGAAUGUGACCCAAAGAGGUGAGUAGGUGAGUCUUCAGCUGCUGCUUUCUUGUUCUGGGCUUUUUUUUUUUUUUCCUGUGAUGCUUCCCAUUAUAAAUUCAACUGGGCUCAUCUGAUGUCAGGUUCAUGAGUCAAAGGUACUUGCUUAAGUCCAGAUUCUGGGAAAGUGGCGAAGGAUGCCCAGGGCCUUCAGUGAGGAAGAGGGGGCCAUUUUUUAUUUCUUAUGAGCAAGACAACUUUCGCUCUGUACAUCGGGCCUUCCAAUUAAUGAAUUCUUCCUACUUUGUGUUAGGGAAGCACAAUUUCCAUGUCUUAUGAGAAGGCCGGAUAUACAGAGCUCAGAUCGUCUGAUGCUUUGUUGAAUGUCUUUGCCUAGAGAUCUCCAGAAGGAAUGUCCUUCUGAUAGGCAAGGCACCCAGAGAAGAGAGGAGACCUCAGGACCUUCCUCCUCUCGCCCCAUCUUGCUUCUGUUUCUUUGUCAUGUCGUGAUGUAACACAAGAGGUUGGGGAGCGUUUGGGGCACACUCAAACUUCCCAUGUGCAACUACAAAAUGUUUCCCCUCACCCUGGUAUAUUCAUCGACUUAUUUGAUUUAUACCACAUCUUUAUGCUGUGCAGAGUGGACAUCUCACCUGGAUGGCUGCUAGGUUUGCAACUUUGGCAAGCUUAAUAGCCAGGCAAGUAACCUUCAUGGCAGUGCCAGGAGUAAGCCCUGGCUAUGAUAUUCAGGUAAUUCUGGGUUGCGGUGCUCUCCAUUUGAAGAUCUUUGCUAACAUGAGCUGUGUGAAUGCUGCAGUCAGAUCCAGAGGAUCCCGGAUUGUAAAAUUCCAUUAUGAUUUUCCAUUCCAUCUGAUCCUGAUGACUCCGUUUUUGUCCCAGGGAAGCUUCAAAUGUUGGCACGUUGGGACAACUGACUUCAGCAAAAGUUGAAGCAGAAGGUGACAUUGCAAACCCCUUAAUUCAGAUAAAGGCAGCAGCAACAGCAGCAGCCCCCACCUUGGUUGCCCCUGCAGUUCCCAGCCCCACAGCCUCACCCUGAAGCGUCUGGCUCCCUAGCGCCAUGUCCAGGCCAACCCGCGCUGUGGAGCUGGUUCGCCUGGUGCCCAAGAAGCCGCGCCAUCAUCCGCAUGCCUCCCCUUCCUGCUCGGCCGGUGUGGAAGAGCUGCCCAAUGUCCCCAGCUACCGCAGCUCUGCUCCUCCCUCCCACAUCCCCAUCCUCGUCCCUAGGAAACCGAAGGCUGGCCUGAGCAACCCCAGUUUUCGGAAGGAAGAAGCUUCCCGCUCGGGCAACAGGGGACAACCAUCAGGCAAACACCUCAUGGUGAAUGCCCCAAAGGUGGAUUCUAAGAAUGGCUCUUCCAGGCUGCCAAUUCCUGCCUCCCAAGCUUGGCCAUCAGCCCCAAAGGGCUUGCACACCCUCACUGUGCCACCUACACCAAAGAGGAAGAAAUCCUCUUCCCAAGAAGCAAAUGUGGAAAAGCUGUCCCCAGUCAAUGCCUGGCCAGAGCAGUCCAAUCAACAGGAAGAAGAACUCAGCAGCUCACCCAGGCGCGGCAGCUCAGCCGCCAGCCAGAGCAGUGCCAUCAUCAACGACCGCCUGCAGGAGCUGGUGCGGCUCUUCAAGGACCGAACUGAGAAAGUCAAGGAGAAGCUGAUGGACCCCGAUGCCUCUUCCGAGGACGAGACCCCGGCGGCCUCUCCUUCCAAAGAGAAAAUCCCAGAGGAGAAAGGCAAAGAAGCCGAGGAAGAUGGAGAGGGGCAUUUCCACGAAACCAUUUGCUGCAGGUUUAAAUAUCACCCCUUCCUCUGCCACAUGAAGAAAGUCCAGUUCCCCAGAAGUAUUGACCCCUCCUCCAAUCUGAUGUAUGUGUUGUGGCUCUUACUUGUGGUCCUGGCCUGGAACUGGAACUGUUGGCUGAUUCCGGUUCGCUGGGCUUUCCCAUAUCAAUCAUCUGAGAAUGUCUAUUACUGGAUGGCUGUGGACUACCUCUGUGAUCUCAUCUACCUUCUGGACAUCGCCGUCUUUCAGGUCCGCCUGCAGUUUGUCCAUCAAGGAGAUAUUAUUACUGAUAAGAGAGCCAUGAGGAAGAAUUACCUGAAAUCCCGUCGUUUUAAGAUGGAUGCCCUCUGCCUUCUCCCCCUAGACUUCCUGUACUUCAAGGUUGGCGUUCAUCCUCUCCUGCGCUUGCCUCGCUGCCUCAAGUACCUGGCCUUCUUUGAGUUUAACAAUAGACUUGAAGCUAUUCUGAGCAAGGCCUACGUUUACAGAGUCGUAAGGAUCACGGCCUACCUGCUCUUCAGCCUGCACCUGAACACCUGCUUGUACUACUGGGCCUCCUCCUUCCAGGGGCUCGGCUCCACCGCCUGGGUCUACGACGGCAGAGGAAACAGUUACAUCCGCUGUUACUACUGGGCUGUCAAGACGCUAAUCACCAUCGGAGGUCUGCCGGAGCCCCACAACCUCUUUGAGAUCGUUUUUCAGCUUCUCAAUUACUUCACGGGGGUCUUUGCUUUCUCAGUGAUGAUCGGUCAGAUGAGGGAUGUUGUUGGUGCUGCCACAGCAGGACAAUCGUACUAUCGAAGUUGCAUGGAUAAUACCGUAAAAUAUAUGGCUUUUUACAGAAUUCCCCGUUCAGUUCAGAACAGAAUCAAAACUUGGUAUGAAUACACUUGGGAUUCCCAAGGCAUGCUGGACGAAUCAGUGCUGCUCACGCAGCUUCCUGAAAAGAUGAAGCUGGACAUUGUGGUCGAUGUAAACUUCAGCAUUGUGAGCAAAGUGCCGCUUUUCCAGGGCUGUGAUCGGCAAAUGAUUUUUGACAUGCUGAAGAGGCUGCGAUCGGUGGUGUACCUACCUAACGACUACGUGUGCAAAAAGGGAGAGAUUGGCCGCGAGAUGUACAUCAUUCAGGUGGGACAAGUCCAAGUGCUCGGGGGACCGGAUGGGAAAACCGUGCUCGUGACGCUGAGAGCCGGCUCUGUCUUUGGAGAGAUAAGUUUACUGGCUGUGGGAGGUGGAAAUCGACGGACGGCUAAUGUUGUGGCACAUGGAUUUGCUAACCUUUUCAUUCUGGAUAAGAAGGAUUUGAAUGAAAUUCUGGUGCACUAUCCAGAGUCCCAAAAGCUGUUGCGGAAGAAAGCCAGGCGGAUGCUGAAGAACAACACCAAGCCCAAAGAAGACAAGGGGCUGCCCAAAGAUGUCCUCAUCAUCCCUCCAAGAGCUGGGACUCCCAAGCUCUUCCAAGCCGCCCUGGUGGCUGCGGGGAGGAUGGGGGGCAAGGGCAGACUGGCUCACCUCCGCUGGAAGCUGAAGGAGCUGAAGGCGAUGCAGGCUGCCAGUUCCACACCAGUUGUCCCUAAGUCACCGGCCAGCCACGCUUCACCAGCUGGUUCCAAGCCCGACGACUACGGAACCGAGACGAUGUCCUCCAAACGUCCUGACCAUCCUGUUCGGGUUUCCAUGAGCCCAACCCCUGCUGGGGAUGAAGAGGUUCUCUCGGUGGAAAUCUUAGAAAAAGAGGAGCCCAACUAGACGGACCAGAUGACCCUCCGUGUCUGGGCACAUUGUAAGUCAAGGAGGGCUCCUUGCCGGUCGCGUUUGCCCGGAUCAUCCAGCCACUCCAAAUAAUCUCCCAUCUUGUGCUAUUAAGAACAAAGUGGGCUGAGACGGAGCCCUGGCAGUUAGAGACCCCUACAAUUUUUUACACUUUAUUUAGAGAACCAGUUUGGUGCCAUGGUUGCGGCAUCAAGCUAGAAACCAGGAGACGACGAGUUCUAGUCUUACCUUAGGCACAAAACCAGUUGGGUGACCUUGGGCCAGUCAUUCUUUCUCGGCCCUUGGAAGAAGGUAAUGGCAAACGACUCCUGAAAAACCUUGCCAAGAAAACUGCAGGGACUUGUCCAGGUAGUCUGUGAGAAUUGGUCAUGACCGAAUGGAAAAAAACCACAUAUUUUUACACACCAAACUAUUUAACUGUAUCUUUAGAAGAAUUUCAGCAAAAAUCCAAAAAAAAUUAGGGCAAGUGAAAACUCUUAAGCAAUAUUGGUUUUUUAAAGAUUCUAAAUAUACAGUAAAUAUAUUUGAUUUGCUUAAAACAGC